UCAUCAUGUCAGAGACUCGACUCACUCCUGUAGAAACCGAGGUGCCCAACACUGCAGAAUCUCCAGAGGUGGAGUGCCCAGUCUGCUAUCAGGAGUAUGACCAGGACGGCAAACUCCCGCGGAUGCUGGAAUGCCUUCACGUCUUCUGCACAGAGUGUCUCAGGAAAAUACAGCUAACUCCUCUGCACCCUCCGGACCCCAACAGCACUCAUUCAAUCUCCUGCCCCCUGUGCCGCCACUCCACCCCACUACAAGGUGGAGAUGCACACUCACUUCCCUGCAACUCACGGAUUCUCACCCAGCUCCCUCCAAUAGCAUUUCGUCUGCCUGUGUCAGUUUCUACCCGGCUGGCUACAGUGACCCAAAGGUUAGUGCUGUCUAUGGGAGAGAGAGAUACCCGCUUCAUAAUCUUGCCCACUGUUAGUCUGAGGGUGGAGCAGAUGGGAGAAGGUACUGAAAGGGUACACCUGCCUGAGGUGCUGCAUCAAGAGAUGGAGACUCUGAGGAGACACAAGAAGACCUUGAUGUGUGUUCAGAUGUUGGCUGUCGUCUUUUGGAUUAUGUUUGUGCUGAUUUGUGUGGUUGGGGUUGUUUUUGGACCGAGUCUCUUUCAUAAUUAG